UUUGAAGAGAUUAUAAUUCAAAGAUUACUUCUAUGGCGCUACAGUUUUUAUAUUAAUUUUGUUGCAACUUUCAAUGACAAUUCAUUCACCCACCAUCUGCCAAUCCAAUAGCUGAAGCUUGAACUCUAACUGCGUCCUACGAGAGAUACUAGAAGUCUUCGGAGCAAUAAAACCUCUGACACAACUACAUAGGAAAACGAACAGACUCUCUCCACUGCCUGUUCAUGUUGCACUGUUGCAGUCAAUUUAGGACAAGGAAAACAAAGCGGAAAGCCUCUCAUUCUGUAUUGGUGCCCAAGAAACUAUGAUAUUUCUUCUUCAUACAUUGUUAUUAUCAUAGUUGAUACUAAAUAUGCUCAGCAGUGAUGACAAAUCCCUCUUCCAAAAAGGCUCUUUCGUGGAAGUGAGCAGUGAUUCAGAUGGGUUCACUGGUGUUUGGUACGUGGCUAAAGUAUUGGAGCCACCGUCAGUACAUUUAACUCCUACUACUCCUGACAAAGGGACUAGAGAGGAAAGAUUUUUCCAUAUAGAGUACCAAUCUUUGCUUUGUGAUGAUGGCUCUGAGAAACCAUUGACUGAGUACGUUGAGUCAUCUUUUGUGAGGCCUUUACCUCCAAACGAUGAGCAUGAUUUACAAGUCUAUGAUGUUGUAGAUGCGAUGUAUCUUGAUGGGUGGUGGAUUGGUGUGGUGGUGAAAGUAAACCAUGAAUCAAAUGUUUACUCUGUGUACUUUGAGAACCCCCCUGAUUUGCUUCAUCUUAGGCGUUAUGAAUUGAGGGCUCACUGGGAUUGGGAAGGAGGCAAGUGGGUUCGACCCCAAAAGCAGGUUCCCAAGGUCGGUGGUUUGGCUUGUCGCGUUUUGAAGGAUGCCUUUGAUGGCAUGGAGUAUUAUGAAGAGCAGUCACCCUACAGUGGCAAUGGAGAAACUGAUAUUAUUGCAAAUUGCUCAAGAGAACUUAGGUUGGAUUGGUCAUCUCCAAGCACUGAAAACUCAAGUGGGAAGAAGAUGAAAGAGGUGAGUCUUUCACUUGAUGCUAUAGUUUCUUUGCCUUUGAAGAAUCUAAAAUUGAUAACCAAGAAGAAAGGUCGAGCUGGCUGUUCAAAAAGAAAGAGAGGAGAGGGACAAAAAACUUUGGUGAAAUGUAAAAAGCUUGACAAAUUGAGUGAUCUUUUUGGUUUUGAUACUGACUCACCCAUAUGUACUGGAAAGUUUAAACAAACAAAGCAUGAUGGAAACAGAGGUGAUGUUGAUAAAUUGGUAUUUAAGGAUCAUGAGAUUGUUGAUGCUAAAUCACCCGUAAACACUGUAGAGUCUAAAUGUACAAAGCAUGAUGGAGCUGAAGAUGCUGUUGAUAAAUCACUAUUGAAGGAUCAUGAGAUUUUUUAUGCUGAAUCAAAAGAAAACACCGAAAAAUAUAAUGUUAGAAAGCAUGAUGGCGCUGAAGGUUCUCUUGAUAAGUUAACUUUCAAGGAUCAUGCAAUAGAUGCUGAGUCUGCUAAAAACACAGAAGAUUCUGAGGGGACAAAGAAUGAUGGUGCUGGAGGUGCUGCUGAUAACAUGGUUUUAAAGUAUUCUGUGAUUAUUGAUGCUUCAUCACCGACAAACACAGCAGAAUCUAAAGGUAAAAAGCAUAAUGAAUCUGUUGGUUCUGCUGAUAAAUUUGUUUUAAAGGAUCCUUGUAUGGCUGACUCUGUAUCACCUGUGAAUACUGGAGAAUCUAACCAUAUAAAGCAUGCAAUUGUUGUUGUUGAUGUUGAAUCACCAAAAAACACAGAAGAGUCUGAAGGUACAAACCAUGAUGGAGCUGCAGCUGCAGCUGCUGUUGAGAAAAUGGCUUUAAAGUAUCCUUUGAUUUUUGAUGCUGAAUCAUGUAAAAGCAGAGCUGAGUCUAAAGAUAACAAGUGUGAUGGAGCUGGAGUAGCUGUUAAUAAAAUGGACUCACAGGAUUGUGCUAGUUCUGGUGUUGAAUCUUCUAAAAUUACUGGAGAGUCUACAGGAUUUUCAGGUUCUGAAGAUGCAUCAGCUGAAAAAGCAGCUAAACCUUCUGACACAGUUUGCAGUACGAGAGAAGCUGAGAUGGCUAUUGUUGAAGUACCUGGCGACAUGGAUACUAUUGCUAAACCUAUAUCGGUGUGUUUUGAUGGGUUAUGCUCUCAAAAAAUUGUGAUCGACUCAAAGUUCUGUGGUAUGGAUUUAAACCAGAGCCACAGGAAUUAUGAUAAAGGAAAACUAAUUGAAAUUGUAAAGGAAUCCACUGCAAACGAUGAAGUGAGUGAUAGAAUAAGAGGGGAGAGUGAGUGCUUCUCUUGUAUGGAGCCUUCAUCAAUGUGGAAAACCUUUAUUGAGACUCUAGAAGUAUUGGAAACAAUGCCGCAGAAGCCUCACUUCCAUCCUUUAAAACAAUGCAAAGAAAUGUAUCGUGAUGGAUUAGCAUUUGGUUACAUGAUAACUUUUGCCAAAGUGGUAAAGCGGACAUCUGAGUUACAAGUCGAUGACCCAAAAAGUGUCUUUGAUAGCAUCUCUGAAACUCUUCAUGACAUAGAAUUGCAUGGCUUUGAUGUUCAGCCCAUACGAAAUCGUCUAACUGAGCUGCAAUUAAUGAAAGAUAGGCAAGAACAGCUUCAAGAAGCGAUGAAAGAAUUUGAACAUCGGAUCUUACAACACACUCAUGAGCUAACAAAAAUCAAUGCAGAGUUUGCUGAAAUUGUUGAAGAAAUCAAAAUGUUGGAAGGAAAGAAGAGAAAGAUUAUGUUACUUAUGCAGGAAAAUGAUUUGAAGAUCACUGAACUGAAAUCAAAUCUGGAUGUUUGCAACCAGAAUACUCAAAAUGCUCAGCUUGAUUUUGAAAGUCUGGCUGCAGCUCCUUGGUGACUGAUCUGCAUUUUGCAUGCCUCUUUUGGAUUCUGCUGUCUUGGAUUGUUCGAUGUUCCGAUGAAACUAUUUUUGAAAUUUAGAAUGCGUGAUAAGGUCCAAGAUUAAUCCUAAACUUGAUUGGCACUUUUGUUAGCUUAUUAUUUUCAGUAACUGGGUACAUAGUCCUUGAGUUGUGCAA